UGUUUGGAGCUCCCUCUCAUGACCAUUGAAUAUUAUACAAGCCUCCUUUUAUUCUCGCUGUUGUAUUCAACUAACAGCUCACUGGUUAAGUUUUAAUUGCUUCCAAUGAGGUCAGCAAAGGUAUUUAUCGAAAAGCCCUGAAUAAAAGGCUCCACACACACACACACAAGCACACAUGCGCUCACACACAGAAAGAAAAUCCUCUUGCCUGUUGAUUUAUGGAAACAAUUAUGAUUCUGCUGGAGAAUUUCUCAGCUGAGAAAUAGUUUGUAGCUACAGUAGAGAGGCUCAAGUUGCACAGGCAGACAACAGACAUGGAAUUCUUGUGUAUCCAGCUGUUAUAAACAGAACAAAAGUCAAGUAGCAAACAGUGCGGCAGCAACUGAGCUUAUUACAACCUGCUUUUUAUAAGGAUGUAUCAACACAGAGUUAUUUAAGGAGGAAUCCUGUAUGUUUACCAGAAGCUAAAAGGUUAAGUGUACCCAUCUGGAAAGAGCAAGGACUCUUUCUUAAGUCAACCUACAGUUCACAGACAGGAAAAGGUCACUGACCCAGGAGUAGCAGUCAACUCAAGAUUGAGUUUUCAUUAUGGUAUUCAUGGACCCCUGGAGCACUACACUAUAAUGCACAAAUGGAUACUGACAUGGAUCCUGCCAACUUUGCUCUACAGAUCAUGCUUUCUCGUUGUCUGUCUAGUGGGCACUCUAGCGUUAGCUUGCAAUGACAUGGCCCCAGAGCAAAUGGCUACCAAUGCGAACUGCUCCAGCCCCGAGCGACACACACGAAGCUACGACUACAUGGAAGGAGGGGACAUAAGAGUGAGAAGACUUUUCUGUCGCACACAGUGGUAUCUGAGGAUUGACAAGCGAGGCAAAGUCAAAGGGACCCAAGAGAUGAAGAAUAACUACAAUAUCAUGGAAAUCAGAACAGUGGCAGUUGGAAUUGUGGCAAUCAAAGGGGUGGAAAGUGAAUAUUAUCUUGCAAUGAACAAGGAAGGAAAGCUCUAUGCAAAGAAAGAAUGUAACGAAGACUGCAACUUCAAAGAAUUAAUUCUGGAAAACCACUACAACACAUACGCGUCCGCCAAAUGGACACACGGUGGAGGAGAAAUGUUUGUCGCCCUAAGCCACAGGGGGCUUCCUGUAAAAGGGAAGAAAACGAAGAAAGAACAAAAAACAGCUCACUUUCUUCCUAUGGCAAUAACCUAAUCAUAGGUGGCGUACAAGAAACCAGUUCCAGCAGGGAGAUUUCUUUAAGUGGACUGUUUUCUUUCUUUUUUCUUUUCUUUCUUUCUUUUUUUUUUUUUUUUGUAACCAAGAAAGGCUGGAAAACUACUGAAAAACUGAUCAAGCUGGACUUGCGCAUUUAUGUUUAUUUUAAGAGACUGCAUUAAAGAAAGAUUUGAAAAAUAUACACAAAAAUCAGAUUUAGUAACUAAAAGUUGUAAAAAAUUGUAAAACUGGUUGUACAAUCAUGGUGUUAGUAAUAGUAAUGUUUUUCUCUUAAGUUAAUUUACCCUUAGAGUAUGUUAGAUUCAAUUAUCUGAUGAUUAUUUAAGUAUUCCUAUCUGCUUAUAAAAUGGCUGCUAUAAUAAUGAGAAUAAUGCAGAUGGUGUUAUAUGAGAGAUGUCGGACCUAAAGGCUGCUGGAAAGAUGUGUCAGAUAAUCAAGCCAACGCUAUGAAAGACGAGCAGUACGCCAAGUGCUUUUCAGUGAAAAAUUACGGCAAUCAGGAACUUAGGCCCUAAUCAGAAAAAAAGGACUAUUCUCAAAAAAUUCUACUGAAUUAAAUCAAACAGGUAAUUUUACAAAAUUAUAGGCUUAGGGCAUGCAUGUACCUAUUAACAAGAACAAAAUUCCUAAUACUGCUCAGAUUGAAAAGGUACUUCUAAAAGGCUAUUUUCUACAAUCUUGUAUAUAAAAUCGCAGUAAUGCUGAUAAUACUGUACUUCAUCUCACUUGCCACAAAGUAACAUUUUAUACUUCCUAAAAGUAAAAUUCAGAAAUCAUUAAGUGUUUUUUUUAAGUAACAUAAUCUCUCUUUUGUAUAAUUCAUAUUUGGGAAUAUGGCUUUUAAUAAUGUUCUUCCCACAAAUAAUCAUGCUUUUUCUCUGUGGUUACAGCAUUAAACUCUUUUUUAAGUUGUAUUUGAACUUUAUUGUUUUGUUAUUUAAGUUUAUGUUAUUUAUAAAAAACAACAACCAUAAUAAGCUGUAUCUGUUUCAUAUGCUUUUAAUUUUAAAGGAAUAACAAAACUGUCUGGCUCAGCGGCAGAUUCCCCCUCCCCUCUGUGACCGACACCAAGUCUAGAACACAGUGAUCGGGCCAUAGACCCUGGAUGGCAGACAAGAAUGACAGCCUGCAGCAGCGCUCACAAUAGGUUUUCACAGGGAACAAUGUAAAUAUGCAAGAAAUGCUUUGCCGCAAUACUCUUGCCAGCUAAACCAGAUCAUAUAAGUAAAAUCAUUCCAGAUAAAAAGAAGUUACAGGAUUUCAAACACUGACGCUGAGUGUGUAAGUAGAAAAGCGUCAUAUUUAAAAAACUAUGCAAAUGUAGUUUUCUAAUCUCCAGAAAUAUCUACCAUGCAAAUGAAGGCAGUUAUUUCGCUGUUAGGGAGCCAGAGCAUAGUGUCCUCUAUUUGGGACUCAAGUAGGCAUACAGGGCCCUGGGCACCCCCAGGCCUCGAGGUGAGGCCGGACGCCAGGCUGACUGGAGAGGUAAACGUCCACUUCAGAAUCCUCUCACGGGAAGAUGUGGGGAGCACUUUAUAUGUUCACAAAUGGGAAGUCAACAUUUAUCCAAAUUAAAUGGUUGUGAUGCUAA